AUGGGGACGGCCGCCCUGGCGCUGCUGCUGGCGCUGCUGCUGCUGACGGCGGCGGCGGUGCUGCUGAGCCCGCGGCUCCGGUUCCGGGCCAAGAUCAGCAGCUACUGCGCGCUCUGCGUGGUGGUUUCGGCCCUCACCAGCCUGGUCUGCCUGCUCUGGAACGGCGGGCGCACCGUCCGCAACAUGACGAUAAUCAAAAACGUGGUCCGCAGCUUCAAGUACCUCUAUGGUCUGAGGUUUGAAGUGAAGGGUCUGGAGAACUUCGAGAUCGAAGGUCCCUGUGUCAUCGUUUCGAACCACCAAAGCAUCCUGGAUAUGAUGGGGCUGAUGGAAAUCCUUCCGGAGCGCUGUGUCCAGAUUGCCAAGAGGGAGGUGUUGUUCAUGGGGCCCGUGGGGCUGGUCACUUACCUCGGCGGGGUCAUCUACAUCAACCGGAAGAGAACCGGCACGGCCAAAUCCGUGAUGUCCGAAGUCAGCCAGGCCAUGACCAGCGACAACCUCAAGGUCUGGAUCUACCCCGAGGGAACACGGAACAUGAACGGGGACCUUUUGCCAUUCAAGAAGGGUGCUUUUCACCUCGCAGUCCAGACCCAGGUUCCAAUCAUUCCUGUGGUCUAUUCCUCCUUUUCUUCAUUUUACAACCCGGAAAAGAAUAUGUUUACAUCAGGCAAAAUCCAGGUGGAGAUCUUUCCGCCCAUCUCAACGAAGGACCUGACCUCCGAGGAUGUUGAUGAGCUCACCAAGCAGUGCUAUACCACCAUGAGGGAGAACUUCCGCAGGUUGUCGGGAAAGAGCCGAGAAGCCAAUGGAGAAGCCUCCACCCUUGGGCAGUAG